AUGGAACGAUCAAAACGAGCAUUUCGUGAUGUCACAAAUAAACGAACAAGUAACAAUAAUGAUUUAAACACAUCCAAAGCAAAACAACAACGAUUAAUAAGUCGAAAUUUGAUACCAUUGAAUUCUACUACUAAUGAUGAUGAUGAUUUUGGAUGUAAUUAUAAAAUGUCACAUGUCAAAGAAAAAUUUAAAACAUCACGAACACCUAAUAAUUCAUGUUUAUCAUUAAUCACAUCCACAUUGUCGCCACUUAGUACGUCUCUUGCUCCAUCAACAAAAAAGUUUAAAUCAAAUAAACAACCGAUGACUCGUACUACAAUUAAUUCAAGACAAACAAGUGAUUUAGAAGAUUCUAUGUCAAUUGGUUCGAUUGAAUCGGAUGAUGUAUUUUUGAGUGAAACAAUAAAUUCACGAAGUAUAAUAUCCGUGAGAAGUCAAAGUUUUUCAGGUUCGGGUAGAAAACGACUUAAUGCAACAUCAUCUAAACGAUCGCGAAAAGAAAUUAAUCUUGAUAUGAAAAAUAUGUUAGAUGAACUUCAAAAAGAACAGCAACGUAUUGAAUCUCAUCGAUUAAUUGAAGAUCUUUAA